AUGCCUAAAUCCAAAAGAGAUAAGAAAGUGUCGCUAACUAAAACUAAUAAAAAGGGUCUUCUACUUAAACAAAAGACUAUUGAAGAAAUAAGAAAUUCUCUGUCUAAAUAUGAACAUAUAUUUCUUUUUACUGUUGAUAACAUGCGAAACACAAAGUUGAAGGACUUGCGUAAUGAUUGGAAAGACUCUCGGUUUUUCUUUGGUAAAAACAAAGUCAUGGCAAUAGCUCUUGGGAGAACUAAAAGUGAUGAAGUAGAAGAUCAACUUAAUUUACUCUCCAAAAAAUUAAAGGGUCAAUGUGGCUUACUGAUGACUAACAGGGAUGUUGUAGAGGUAUUAGAAUAUUUCAAAAAUUUCCGUGAGACUGAAUAUGCAAGAGCUGGAUUUGUUGCUACUCGUGAUGUUAUUUUACCAAAAGGGCCACUUGAAGAUUUUUCUCACACUAUUGAACCACAUCUUCGUCGCUUGGGGCUACCUACAUCACUUGAACGAGGAGUUAUUCAUCUGAUAAAAGAAUAUCAGGUAUGUAAAAAAGGUGCUCAAUUAACACCAGAGCAAGCAAGUAUCUUAAAACUCUUGGCAAUACAGUUGGCUAAAUUUAAAGUUCUUAUUAAGUGCCACUGGACAAAAGGUAAAGGAUUUCAUAAAGAUAUUGAUCUACCAUCAGAUGAAGAAGUUAGUGAUGAUGAGAAUAAUGAACUUGCAGAGGAACCAAUGGAGGAUGAUGAAACU